AUGGGGGGAAACACAAAACAGCCGUCACCGGGACUGGGGACUUGCGUGAAACAAUUCUCGUGGAUCCUGUUGACAGCGCAAUAUACGGCAUUUGUGCUGCUGUUGCAUUAUUCUAGGGUGAUGCCACCCUCCAACGGAAAGCUGUACAUCGCAUCCACGGCCGUCUUCUUUAACGAGGUUAUCAAACUUGCGAUAUCCUUGACCAUAGCCCUAUACGAGGUGUCAAAAACCGCCCCUCCAACGGUUCCUGCGACAUCUCUUUUCUUUGCCCUUACCGCCGCCGUUUUCUCGGGCGACAGCUGGAAGCUGGCAAUCCCCGCCGGCCUCUAUACCAUUGCUAAUACGUUACAAUAUAUUGCUCUUUCGAACCUACCGGCGGCAACUUUCCAGGUGACAUACCAAAUGAAACUUGUCGUGACAACUGUAUUUAGCCUCAUAUUGUUUAGGAAGACCGUUCCCCUACGUAAAUGGGGCCUACUGCUGCUGCUUUUGGUAGGUGUCUGUCUCGUUCAGAUGCCCGAUGGCAGCUCCGACCAGGAGUCACUCCAAGAUCAGACGACGCACCCUGCCUUUCCGCGAUCCCUGGAGGAAUGGAAAGCGGUCAAGCUGGAGCGUCCAAACUUGCAUAAGCGUUCUGCGACGUACGAGGGUAUUCAGGAAGACAUAAUGACUGCAUUUCCGCGAAUGAAUGGAACCAUCGGUCUCCUAGCUACCAUUGGUUCCUGUAUGGCUUCCGGGCUGGCCAGUGUUUACUUGGAAAAAGUGCUGAAGGACAGUGCAAAAUCAACAUCACUUUGGGUUCGCAAUGUUCAAUUGGCCGUCUAUUCUGUCUUCCCAGCACUUUUUAUUGGUGUCAUAUUUUUGGAUGGCGAAAAGAUCGCCGCGAACGGGUUUUUUGAGGGGUAUAACUGGGCUGUAUGGUCCACCGUUGCUGUCCAGGCGGUCGGAGGCAUUGCGGCGUCGUUCUAUAUUGGAUCCGCUUACCGGGAUGCGAAGAAUGUGGCCACAGCCACGAGCAUAACGCUCAGCACCUUGGGGAGCAUCGGGCUGUUUGAAUUCGAGCCCACUGCUAACUUUCUCCUUGGGACCUUUGCAGUGCUCGUGGCUACGUAUCUUUAUGAGGAUUCGAGCGUUGGGCUUGGCCAAGGCAAACGCCAAGGGCCUCGCCCACCACCAAUUCGAAUUGACCGAUACGAGAAAUGCUCCAACAGUGACGGGGUCUCGCCUGCGUCGGCAUCACCUCCAAAUGAAAUUUCUAUCAAACUCCCUGGGACGCCCUUCCUGUCCGAUGCCGGUAUAUCAACUUCCCGGCCUACGUCGCCAGGCCAUCCGAGAGCUAACUCCGCUCGUAAUACGAGCGGUGGCUAUUUCGACAAGCAUUAA